CUUGUUACAGCCCAACCACAUAAAAUUUCCGCCAAACCCACCACACACCCAGCAAUGGCGUCCGCGCUCACCAACGUGAGCCUGUCUACCUUCGCGCCCACGGCCAGGGGCGACGUCCUCGCCAGGCCGCAGGUGGCCGCCGCCGCCGCCCGGGUCACCUUCCCGACGGCGUACCGCGGCAGCGGCGCCCUCUCCUGCAGGGCGGGCGGGCCGUCCACGCCGUCGGGCAUCUCCGACAAGAUGUCGGAGAGCAUCAAGGAGGCCCAGGAGACGUGCUCGGAGGACGCCGCUAGCGGGGAGUGCGCGGCGGCGUGGGACGAGGUGGAGGAGCUCAGCGCAGCGGCCAGCCACGCCCGGGACAAGCUCAAGGACUCCGACCCGCUCGAGAACUACUGCAAGGAGAACCCCGAGACCGACGAGUGCCGCACCUACGACAGCUGAGCGUAGCUAAUUUGUUGUGGACGUACGGCGGAUACUCAAGGUGGACGUGCGUGGUAUUUCUUGGCUCGUGGGGGGCCGGGAAAACUAUGUCGAUCGACUCAGCCUACCGUUACCUUGUAUGUAGUAAAAAUGCUCGAAAUAUUUUCCCAGGGACAUACGUGUGGUUGAUAUACAAUUGAUGAUACAUAUACGUUUAUUCAAA